UUCCAUGUAUUGUUGUCCUUUGUAAAAGUUGAUUGCCCUUCGAACCCUAAACCAAGGUAUUGUGCAAUCUGUUGUUGUUACGAUGGCUUAGCUGUUAUCCAGGUUCGUGAUACUUUGGGUGAUGUCGACACACUUUUGCUGUGGAAUCCCUCCACAAGAGAAUCAAUAGUACUUCCCCCUCUAGAAUCUCCACCGGCGUCAGUUUCUCGUUAUGGAUUGGGUUAUGACUCAACCAGUGGUGAGUAUAAGAUUCUCCACAUCUGCCGGGGCUUUGAUAAUAAAAAAUUAGCUAAUGAAAUUCUCACGUUGAAAUGUGGCUCCUGGAGAAGAAUUGAUGAACAUCCUCAUGGCAUUUGCAGUUUGAUGUCUGCCAUGCAGUUUUUGGCAUUUAUACAAGCAACAUUUCAUUGGAUUGCUGUUUCAGUUGAUUAUUUUGUGGUGGUUUCGUUUAGUAUUUUGAAUGAAGUGUAUGGAGAGAUAUCUUUGUCAGAGGAAAUAUUAAGCUUGAGGCCGGGCCCCAGAGGUAUUGGCGUUUGUGUGUUGGGAGGAAUGCUUUGUGUUCAUUCGAAUACGUUUCUUCAGGGGAAGAUUAUUUUUAAGGUAUGGGUAUUGAAAGAAUAUGAGGUCGAGGGAUCUUGGAUGCCAUUGUUAACUAUAGAAGAUUCUAGGUUUCUUAAUGUCAAACCGAAAUAUAGGUUUGCAUAUGGUGAAGUGCUAUUCAGGUGCAUGAGUAGUCAACCUACGAGCGGGCAUGCAUUUAGGACGUGCAAUGGACCAUUUAGAUCAUCGCCUCGAACUGAUACCAUUCAGGAUGGAUACACUUUUAUGAAAAGUUUGAUUUCUCCAAAAUCACUAACUUAUUAGUUUCUUAUGUAUGAUUGAGACACUUCUUUUCCAUUCCUGCUAUCAUGUAACAACUCUUGUAUUCUUAUUAGCUUAUCGAUCUAUGGCUCACCAGUUUUUAAGUCUCCUAAUCUUCACUUACAUGGUCAAUGUGUUUGGAAUACAAUACCAUGUUUGUUGGUGUAUUUUAAAUGAUGUGUAAGGAGAGGUACCGUUGCCAAAACAAAUAUUACACUUGAGUAUCGAUC